UUUGUUUUCCUCCCUCUAUCCUAGUCACGUGAAUGCCGCAAGCCCCCGGGGUCUGAGGGAAGUUUACAGAGCUCGAGAUACAAGAAGCGGAGCCCCGGAUGCGCCUUGUAUUUCAGGGUUCUCGUCAUGCCAAGACGGAUGCCAAUGCCUCACAAGUCUGUUUUCUCUUACUCCCGGCCCCCCAAGUGGCUAGAUGGUCCCUGUACCAUGAACUCCGGCCGAAGUGGUUACCGUGUGUUUUCUGCGAACUCCAGUGCGGCGUGCGUGGAACUGGCCAAGAGGAUCACAGAGCGUCUUGGAGUGGAGUUGGGGAAAGCUAUUGUUUACCAGGAAACAAAUGGAGAGACAAGAGUGGAAAUUCAGGAGUCUGUUCGAGGACAGGAUAUCUUCAUCAUACAGACCAUCCCUAGGGAUGUGAAUACAGCAGUGAUGGAAUUGCUGAUCAUGACGUAUGCGCUAAAGACCUCCUGUGCCAAGAACAUUAUUGGGGUAAUCCCUUAUUUCCCAUACAGUAAGCAGAGCAAAAUGCGUAAGAGAGGGUCCAUCGUCUGUAAGCUGCUGGCCUCCAUGCUGUCUAACGCAGGCCUUACGCAUAUUAUAACCAUGGAUCUGCACCAAAAGGAGAUACAGGGCUUCUUCAAUUUCCCAGUGGACAAUCUGAGAGCUUCCCCCUUCCUUCUACAGUACAUCCAGGAGGAGAUCCAGGAUUACAGAAAUGCUGUAAUAGUCGCUAAGUCUCCAGAUGCAGCAAAAAGGGCACAGUCAUAUGCAGAGCGACUUCGCCUGGGUCUGGCAGUGAUUCAUGGGGAGCCUCAGUGUGCCGAGCUUGACAUGGCAGAUGGACGUCACUCUCCCCCUGCUCUAAAGAACACUACAGUACAAACAGGCCUGGGGAUCCCAUGGAGGCGCCAGUCCCCGUAUCCAGGCAUAGAACUGCCAAUGAUGAUGGCCAAGGAGAAGCCACCAAUCAGUGUGGUGGGAGAUGUGGGGGGAAGGAUCGCCAUUAUAGUGGAUGACAUCAUUGAUGAAGUAGAGAGCUUUGUUGCUGCUGCAGAAAUUCUUAAGGAACGUGGAGCCUACAAGAUUUUUGUGAUGGCAACUCAUGGACUCCUGUCUGCUGAUGCUCCUCAUCUUAUAGAGGAUUCCUCUAUUGAUGAGGUUGUGGUCACCAACACUGUCCCUCAUGAAGUGCAGAAGCUGCAGUGCUCCAAAAUUAAGACUGUGGACAUCAGCCUGAUCCUGUCUGAAGCCAUUCGGAGGAUCCACAAUGGCGAGUCAAUGUCCUACCUAUUCCGAAACAUUGCUAUGGAUGACUGAGCUGCCUGCAUUGCCAGCCAUGGGAAUGACAUGUGCCUUCCCUGAAUGGCUGGCAUUGGGAAUAUAACUAGGAGACAGGGGGGAGGUGGCAGGUGAGCUGCCACAUACCGCAAAGAUGCUACUUGUGGAUUGCUGGGCAAACUGCACCUAUACAGGAUGGGUGGAAAUGGGCAAUCAGAGCAUGAUUUGCCCCCUGGAGGAGCAGAGAGCAGACCAUAAAGCAACUGUUCACAGGAAUAGGAUAGAGAGUGUUUGUGCAUCUAGCACAAGCUGUAAAGAUGCCAGUUUGCGGGCUGUGAGCCAACUCCAUUUUUUUUCUGUGAGGACAGUCACUAGUGCCACUGGCAGUGAAAGAGUUUACUCCAAUUGUGACUAAUGCAGCAUGUAUGGAAAUAUUUUAAUUUACUGCUGCAUGGGACAAUACUGAGCACCUCCAAUCUGUAACAUAAUCUAAAACGAUUACCAUUAGUUUAUAUAAAUGCUGCAAGCAUACAGCAUGUAGUCACCUGCGCGCACACAUGACCACUUACAUUAUACACACAUGCAUAUGUCCGUAUGUACAUAGUAUCUAAACAUGUGUAUGCACUAAUGUAUGCAACGUAGUCAUAUAUACACGUUUGUGCAGGAUGCAUACGCAGAUAAAUGUCAUAGCUUGUACCCAAACAGUGUUUUGGUGGAUGUAGUUUCACAUAUAGACAUCUGUAUUUUCUGUGAAUAAACAGAACUGUAGACUACACUUCACAAAUAUAUUCUGCCUAUGAAUAUUCUGAUAAGUUUAAUUACUGCUGGAAAUGUAUAACCCUAUCAGCUUGUGAUGGCGUCUAGACGCCAUAUUGCUUUUCCUCUACAGUUGACAGUUUCCAUGAAUCUGGUCUUUGGCUCGCUCUGUUUCUUCAGUUCCUACAGUAUACUCUUUUUUUCCACAACUGUUUUUAUUUUUUUAAGUUUACUGCCGAAUUGAUCAGCAGCAUAUUACAUGUAAACAUGUUGCUGGCCAUUGUUAGCAAUGAGAAAUAAUUUUGCUUUUAUAUCCAGUAGUCUGGAUGGUUUGGGGCUUUGUGUAAUGUAAGGAUUUAAGUUCUUGUUAAUUUUCUUAUAUAAACGUUUUUUUUUUCUUUCA